UCUAACCAAGAAAAAGAAACAAAUUGAUUGUUCUAAUGAAUUCUAAAAUUUAGAAAAAUCAUAUUAAAUUCAUUGGAAAUAAAUUAGGAACAAUGCCUUAUGGGAUUAGCAUAAAACAUAAAGAAGAUGAUGAUAUUCAUUGGGAUGAUGCAUCAGAUGAUAAAUUGAGAGAUCUAUUAGUUAGUACAGUAAGAAUGAAAAACAUAUUGGAAUUGGAGAAUGAUUUUUUCGAAAGAUAUUUGAGAAGAAAUGAUCCUGAAUUAUUACGAAAAAUAGAUGAAACUAUCAGUGCAUCAUCUAAAAGCACGCAGAGAAGUACGUAUUAUUAUCCAUCAACAUCACCAACUAGAAGCAUGGCUGAUAGUGUUAUGAGCUUUCGUGACCGAGGUUCACCAAGUACGUGGAGUAUGCAAUCUGGUAUUCGACGUGGAAUGUUGGAUCCAAUGAUGAGAAGAUUGAGAAUAACUAUACCACAAAGAAUGGAAAUGAUGAAAAUUGAAAUAACAGAAUACAAAAAGAAAUUAUUGUUAUUAGAAAAAACCAAUCGUAAGGAACAAAUUAAAUUGGAAGCUGAAAUUGAAGAACUUGAAGUUCGUAUUCGUGAUAUUAAAAAUACAAAGGAACGUUUUGAAAAUGAAGUUGUAAUCGGUGGCGUUGAUCAUAUUACUGGCAAAAUACCAGCUGAAACUUUUAUCAAGUUAAUUUAAUAAUAAUUU